AACGUGACGAGGCGGCAGCGCGGCAACGAGAGGGGAAUAUUCUGGGAGCAUCCACAUGGCCAAGUUGAGUCCUUGGGCAGUUCUUGAGUCACGAGUCUCGACUGAGUAGUUCCGAUGAGCUAGCUAUCUGAGAGUUCAUGGCAAGGGUGUUCCUCUGGCGUGUCACAGCAGUUCGCCUUGGCUAUGCUGUCUUGGGAAAUUUUCAAAGAUCCGCCUCACUGGAAUUAGGCCGCUGGGCUUCCUGACACCACUGGUGUCUUCUCUCGCUCGAAUCUGAGUUGCCUCACUUCCUGGGACUAGAAUCUGCAGAAAGUAUAGAUCCGCUUCGGAACCGUUCACUCGUAAACGGCGAUCCUGAUUCGGCCUGGCGUUUUAUCUUUUCCGUUCUUUUCCGUUUGAUCAUCCCGUGGAGCCGCGCAAAGCGUCGAUGCCAAAUUCCGAUAUCUCCGCCAGUGGCGGUGGGACCGAUUGGCUGUCGACAGCUGUCCUCGUGGCCGGCGGGACGGCAGCAGUCGCGGCCACGUUUUACCUCGUACUGAAGCCGCUAUACGAGAGGUUCUUGCGACGCGACGUGCCUUUCGGGCCCGAGACGCACCCCGUUAUCAAGCUGCUGCUUAGACGCCGCCCGGUCCACGCGAGUCACAGGGGUGGCGCCAGAGCAUGGCCCGAGAACACCAUGCUGGCAUACCGCAGUGCAGCUGCCGUUGAUGCUGCUGCCGUUGAUGCUGCUGCCGUUGAUGCUGCUGCCGUUGAUGCUGCUGCCGUUGAUGCUGCUGGCUCUAGUGCUCUUGGCAGUGCGUCGGCCGUCGCAGUCAACAGCAGCAGAGCACGCAGCGGCUGCACGAGCAGGCUCAGUGGUGAUGGUUUUGCACCUGGGGAGGAGGCUGGCGUUGGACGCCAUUCCGAUGCUGCUGAUGCUGCUGCUGCAGGCCGUGCGUCUGAUGAUUCCCCCGCUGUUGCCGCUGUGCCUCUGCUUCGCACGCAGCUGUUGGAAGUGGACGUGCAGCUGACUAAGGACCAGCAGCUGGUGUUGAUUCACAAUGUGACGGUGGACGACACGACAGAUGGCAGCGGGCUGGUGGAGAGCUACACGCUGGAGGAGCUCAGGUCAUUGGAUGCUGGGUAUCACUUUACGCGGGAUGGUGGCAAGACAUUCCCGUACAGAGGGAAGGGGCUGCAAAUACCGACACUUAAAGAGGUGUUCGAUGAGUUUGCUGGCUACAAGGAUCUGGUCUUUUAUCUGGACUUCAAGCUGCCUAAAGCUGUCGCUCCAACACUCGAGAUGGUGCGGGAGUAUGGCUUGGAGCAGCGGAUACUAAUGGGAGCUGUGCCUCCGAUAGCAAAUAGAGAGGUUCUUAGGCUGAAGCCCAAGUUCGUGCCUGCCACGCCUGACCUGCACUCCAUGAUACUUAUGUACAUCUGCUACGUGGUCGGCAUUCUUUGGCUUAUUCCGAUGCGCCACGAGAUGGUGGGAACAACGGCAUACAGAUGGGGAUACAAGGUUCUCAACCGGGAUUUUGUUGCUGCCUUCCAUAAACGAGGGAGAUGGGUUUCUGUGUUUGGGGAUUACAUCGACCACAAGGAGGGGCAGGAGGAGUGCAUAGCAAUGGGAUGUGACAUGCUCUUCUCAGACCGCCCAGACAUUCUCCACGAUACCAUUUCCAUGCUGCAAUCAUGACGCCAUGAUCACAUUGCAACCAUGUCCACGCUGCAAUCAUCACGGAAUCCCGAUGUUAUCAUCACACCCUGUUGAUGCGUCGUGCAGUCAUGCUGGAGCCACCUUCUUAGAAUUACCAGCUGAUGCAGUAAAUACGACAUGAUAUUCAGGUCUAUAAUUCGAUUGUUGUAAGGGCGUAUUCCUUUGAACCGGGAUCAGGAUCAGACUGGUGUUGUACUGUCAGGUGCAAGGGAGGAAUUGAACUUCUGUGUGAGUGCAAUCGUAAUCCCUGUGUGUGGGAAGCGCAGGAAUGCGCUCUCAUGUGGCAUCACUAGAAGUGCUCACUAUGGGCGAUGAUGUAAUCAUGUUUGCACCU